AUGUCGCUGCAAACCCCGCAGCCUUCCGCGGCCGCUUCGGACCUCCUGCUGCCCGCGGUGGGCGACAAGCGUUUCUUGCUGGCUUGCGGGAUGAAUGGGGAGAGCUUGGGCCCCCCGUCGGCGGAGGCGGUGGGCGCGGAGCGAGAGCAGGGGGCGGCGGAGGCGGAAGGAGGAGGGGGGAAGGCGAGCCAGAAGUCGCCGCCCCGGCUGGCCGAACCCGGCGCCGCUUCUGGGGGGUUGGAAAGGGGAACCAAAAGUGAUAUUUCCCCUUUCAACAACUUCAUUUCCACUAUCAGCCAGAAGCAAGAAGAUGCUGGAAGUUCACCUACACAGUUUGUUAUUGCAGAUAUAAAAAAUGUGAAAGAGCUUCCUCCCCUUGGCCAUGAUGUUAGGCAAAAACAGCGCAACUCUAUAGAUACACUUCCAGUAGAAAUGAAAGUUUCUGUUCCUCCAGAAGCUCCUCUUCACAUCCAAACCAAAACUGUGAAAGACUUCCAAGAAGACAUAGAAAAAGCGAAGUUGUCAGGAGACUGGAAAACAGUGUAUGAGUUUUAUUCAACAACAUUUGAUUCUUUUUCAGAAGCCAAUACUGCAUUUAAGAGAUACGGUGAUGCUCCUUUUGAUUCCAUUGAAGACUGUGGAGUUGAUAUUAAUUUUGUGAAUGCUGUUUAUGAUGCCUUGCUAAUUGCACCUCAAGAUAUUCAGAAGUGUGUCUUAAAGGGAACAAUUAAUGGUUUAUUACAGGAAUGGAAAGGGCUUCGAACAAAAGAUGAUCUUAGAGCAUAUUUUAUACUUCUUCAGAAUCCUCUGUUUAGUAAUGCAUCAACAUAUGUCAUUUAUGCUCACCUGCUAAGACAGAUUGCUGCAUUAACAGAAGGCGAUCAUCACUUCCUAAUUCACUGGUUUAAAAAGUUGUCACAGAUGAGAUUAAAGAUGAUAAUAGACAGAUUGCUGCAGUUUAUUUCCUUGCGCCUGUUUCCUGCGAACCCUGAAGAGCUGCCUCAUGUGGAGAAGUGUAACUGGUGGAUUCCAUCAGCAACCAAAGUCUUGUCUUUAUUUAAUGCUGCGAAUAAUCUAGCAAAUCCUCCUAUUGUUCCAUAUACAGAUUUAUAUAAUUCUACACUGGAUCAUAUUGAUCUCAUGGAAGAAUAUCACAAUUGGCAAUGUUAUGGAAACUCACAGAGGUUUUCCUUCUGUCAAUAUCCAUUCGUUAUUUCUAUAGCAGCAAAAAAAGUUAUUAUUCAAAGGGACUCAGAACAGCAAAUGAUAAAUAUUGCACGGCAAAGCCUCGUGGAUAAAGUCACUCGGAGGCAGAGGCCUGAUAUGAACAUGUUGUUCCUGAAUGUGAAAGUGAGAAGAAUGCAUCUAGUUAGUGAUUCUUUGGAUGAGCUGACAAGGAAGAGAGCAGAUUUGAAAAAAAAAUUAAAAGUUACUUUUGUAGGAGAAGCUGGUCUCGACAUGGGUGGCCUCACAAAAGAAUGGUUUCUGCUUCUAAUUCGACAGAUUUUUCAUCCAGACUAUGGCAUGUUUACGUAUCACAAGGAUUCCCACUGUCAUUGGUUUAGUAGCUUAAACUGUGACAAUUAUUCUGAAUUCCGAUUGGUUGGAGCUCUAAUGGGACUAGCAGUCUACAACAGCAUCACACUGGAUAUUCGAUUUCCACCAUGUUGCUACAAAAAACUGCUUAGUCCUCCUAUUGUACCCAGUGAUCAGAAUACACCUGUGGGAAUUGGUAGUGUUACAAUCGAUGACCUAUGCCAGGUUAUGCCAGAGCUGGCUCAUGGACUAAAGGAGCUUCUGACAUAUGAAGGGAAUGUUGAAGAAGAUUUUUAUUCAACCUUCCAGGUUUUUCAAGAAGAAUUUGGAGUCAUCAAGUGUUACAACCUAAAGCCUGACGGUGAUAAAAUCCCAGUUACCAAUCAAAAUAGAAAAGAGUACGUGCAGCUUUAUGUAGACUUCCUUCUCAACAAAUCAAUCUACAAACAGUUUGCAGCAUUUUAUUAUGGAUUUCACAGUGUCUGUGCUUCAUAUGCAUUGAUGCUGCUUCGCCCUGAAGAGGUUGAAAUUCUAGUUUGUGGGAGUCCUGAAUUGGAUAUGCAUGCCCUCCAGAAACAAACUCAGUACGAUGGCUACCAGAAGACUGAUGUUACUAUCCGACACUUCUGGGAGGUGGUACUUGAAUUUCCACUUGAGCUUCAAAAAAAGCUCCUGCAUUUUGCUACAGGAAGUGAUAGAGUACCAGUGGGAGGAAUGACUGACUUGAAUUUCAAGAUUUCCAAGAGUGAAGCAUCCACAAACUGGUUACCUGUUGCUCACACUUGCUUCAAUCAGCUUUGCCUGCCUCCUUACAAGACCAAAAAGGAAUUGAAGGAAAAAUUAACCAUUGGAAUUUCAAAUGCAGAGGGCUUUGGUUUAGAAUAAGAAGAGCUGAAAAGAACAGCAGAUGUAGCACUCACUCCCUUCUCACUGUGCCUUUAAAGUUCUUCAAAUCCCUGUCUCUCGAUAAUGUGGCAGUCUUAUUCAGAACUGUGUAGUAACUCCCAUUUGUUUUUUUUAAAGAAAAUUA